AUGCCUGAAAAAAAGGAGAAGAAACCAGUCGAUAUCAAUGGUGGUGAUCCUGAAAAGGGCAAAAAGGUCUUUGUGACCAGAUGCCAGCAGUGCCAUUCUGUGGAGGCUGGAGGCAAACACAAGACUGGACCCAACCUCAGUGGCCUGUUUGGUCGCAAGACUGGGCAAGCAGCAGGGUUUGCUUAUACUGAAGCAAAUAAGAACAAAGGUAUUACAUGGACCCGACAGACCCUCUUUGAAUAUUUGGACAACCCCAAGAAGUACAUCCCUGGCACCAAGAUGGUUUUUGCUGGCUUAAGGAAUGAGCAAGAAAGAGUAGACCUUAUAGCUUACUUGGAGCAGGCCACCAAAAAGUGA